AUGUUCACAGUGGACACAAACACAGGAGUAGUUCGCACAGCUGUACGUCAGUACAAAGAAGGACAAACGUAUCGAGUACUAGUCCAGGCGGUUGAUAAGACCCCGUCGGACAAUGCUACGAAACAGGUAUCCGAAGUGGCGAAGUUGGAAAUUCUUGCCGGUGAUCGACCGCCGCAAUUCCUUCAACAACACUACACCGUGUCCUUACCUGAAGACAGCCUUGUCGACUAUAGUGUGGUGGAUGUUAGAGCGCAUCGUUUUCGUGCCAUCGACGAUCGCCGCUCUAAGGGAGAGCUCACCUACUCGGUUUGGAGUCAACAUGGUGGUCAACGUGAAGCGACAUCAAUGUUUGGAAUCGAUCCAAAAACGGGUGUCAUACAUCUGAGGCGUCCACUUGGACUAUGA